CAACUAGCCUGCGUAGCAAGCGUUUCCAAUCGAGUUAUUGCGCAAAGUUAGAGCGAAAGCAACAGAAUCUCUUAGUUGACAUGAGCGCGGCAAGUUCUUCUUCACUGCCACCUUUAGAGGACAGAUUUUCUGUCAUUCUUUCGAGAUUAGACAGGAUUGAAAGUUCUCUGAAGUGUCUUGAAGAUAUAAAGAAAGUUUUGGUUGAAAUAGAAGGCAACACUCAUCCGAACAGCGAUGGAAAAAGUGUUUAUCGGAAAAUCGUGCCUGAGAAGGUAAGAUCCCGAGUACCGCGUACGAUUAGAAGAUUAACAUUUCUUAGAGCCUAUAGUAAUUGGUCUUUUGCAACUUCUUGUUAAAGAGGGGGCUUAGGUUUCUUAAAGGCUUUGAUUCAUGUUCUUAUACUGUGACCUUGCAUACAUGCAUGCCGCGGGGGGUGGGGAUACUUCGACCUUUAAUACAAGAGGCUAAUGGGGAUGUGACGCUGGAUGGGUUCGCAUUUUCGCGAGUGGAUUGACUAUAAUGGGGUCGCACAUUUUCGGAUUUUUGGGGUAAGGCAGUUCUUCAUAUUUAUGGUUAGCAAAUGUACCAGAAUGUUUAUGCUGCAGAUGAAAAGUAAAGUGUUCUUCAUUCAUUAUCCAAAAAAUGGAUCAAUUAAUAAAAAUAGAAGGUGACUGAGUUGGAAUCGCAAAAAUUACGAUUGGUGUGUGGGUUGGGACCUGCCUUGUUCUAUUAAAGACAUCCCAAUUAAGUGUUUGUUGGACGACGUGACUGCCAGUGAUCAAGGAGUAUCAGGCAAUGGACCAUGAGUGUUGGUGCAAAGGUCACUGGGAAGGGUGGGUGAGAAAAGUCAAGAUCCCCUGCGUGAAACCAAAAUUGCUCCACUUGCUCUUGAUUACGAAUCUGCUAGAACACACCUGGAUACGAUUAAGAGACAGUGUCUGGCCUCUAUCAAUCAAUCAAUCAAUCAAUCAAUCAAUUGUUUAUUUACCCACGUAACGUCUAGUGAGCUAAAAACUCAUUUAAAAUAUGUAUGUGCUAAAAAUAAAUAAAUUGUUAUUGGCAAUGUAGUUACGUAUGCAUUUCAAAACGAUAAUUGUAGUUAGUUGCUCUGCAUCAUCCUGCUUAAUUUUACAAACAAAAUAAAAAAUGAAUAGAUAAAAAUAAGCCCCUUCUGUCAUUUAACUGAUAUAUAAGGAUAUUAAGGGUAAAGGGUAAGAUAUAUACAUGGCUGCCAAGAAAAAAAAUCAAAAAUAACUACAGUCUCAAGCAAUUGAAACAGACCACCUUGCAAAGUGUGAAAUGUUUGAAAUGAAUACCAGUCUGUGCUUAACUGGGAAUUCAAUAUUAAAUUUAAUCCAUAUUAUUAAAGAAACUACAGUGUAAAUGUAUUGAGUGAUUAACUUUGAUAAUUUUUGUUAUGGAAGUGUUUAAUGGACAAUUUUUUUUUCAUGGGUUCAGUUUCUGAACAAAAUUGAAUAUCACUAAGUCUUGUUUGAUGGCAUAUUUUUCCCUUUACUAGGUCACUGUAGGAAUACGAGCUAGUAUCAUAUCAGUUGGUGAUAUUGACACUGUUGGACAGCAAUUUAAAUGUGAUUUUUAUCUUUCUGCAUGUUGGCCAGAGCCACAACUCCAAGGACGAAGUUCAACAGAGGUAAACUUUUUAAACUAGGGUUCACACAGUCUUGAAAAGUCUUUGAAUUAUUGUAGGGAACUGUAGGGGAGGUCCUUGAAAAGUCCUUGAAUUUUCUUCAACUUUGAAUAGUGGCCUGGAAAGUGUUUUUAAAUGCGGCUUUUUGGAUGUCCAAGACAGGGUAUAAAUCAUAGCUCAGAGAAGUUAAUGGUAAUUUCCAUCAAGCAUUUUUUGUGUUAUACAACAGUUAUCAAUUUGAGACAAGUUAACUGAAAAAUGUAGAGAAGUUGGUGGAGCAAGCAGUUCAAGCCUUUAAAGUCCUAUAGAAUGGAGUGCGAAUAGUGUGCAUUUUUAUAAAAUCUGUGAAAUUACAUUCCUGGUAGGCGGUCCUUGAAAAUCGAAUGUGGUCCUUAAAAAUUCCUUUAAAAUGGAUGCAAUUUUUUAUAUGAACCCUGUUAAUUAAUGUGACUGCAGCGCUGCGCAGUCAGCGGUAUGUUGUAAAAGCUUAGCAGCCGCACCAGAUUUUAGUAAGCGGCCGCCAUGUUAGCCCUUUCUCGUGUUGUUCAAGUUUUUGGAUAGUUAUCGCCAUCCAUCGGACAUUAUACGGCCUAAACGGUAAGAACUGUUAAAAGAACAUUUUACGGAAAAUCCCAAGAGAGUAUUUCACACGACAUUUUGAAGUUUAGUACUUACGAAUCACGUAUUUAGCCUAUCAUGUAUUUGUCAUGUCAGAUUGUUAUCUCGGGACUCAGGAUCCAAGAACUAAGGAGUAAAAAGAAUGUGUUGUACCGAGGACCUGUGAAUAAACUACGUUUGGGACGUUCGUGUUGAUUGUUAGCAACUCCUCUUGUUGUAUGUACUACGGGAGGCCAGCCACAAUUAAACUUUUUUUAUCUUUAUUACUUGACUGAAUUAUCAUGCCUCAACCUUAAUAACUACUUCACUGCCUUCAACGUCUAAGAAAAAAAAUGUGAUCAUUUUUUUGUUUUUCAGGAUAUAGAUUGGAACAACGAGUGGCAUCCAAGGAUUGUGUUUUUUAAUGCCUUAGAGAUUGAAAAAAUGCAGAAAAAUCAUUUUUUGUUUUAUGAAGAAGGCAAUCCAAUACCAUUUGCUCUUGAAACAUAUAGAAUAAAAGGAAGUUUCAGAGAAAACUUGGAGUUGUGGGAUUUUCCUCUAGAUUAUCAGGUUUGGAAAGUUUUCAAUAAAUAUUAUUAGUUUUGUAUUUGUUUAUUCAAAAAAUUAGGUUCUGAGUAAUUCUGUUAUUUUGGUUCCUUUUUUUAGUCCUUAGUGUAAAAAUUUCCACAAAUAUUUUUACAUAUCUUUCUUACUUAAAAAUGACUAGGUAACAUCUGCCACAUCUACCUUCCCAAAAGUAGUAAUGUGGGUUAAUGAGGCUCUCUAAGCUGAAAAUCUUCCUGUUUUCAGUAGCAUUAAUGAAGCACCUAGGGGCUGGUUGUUUAUUACUUGUGGUGGGGAGGUGGAGGGGUUGGGGGGCUGGCCAUUUUGAGAAGGCAUGCUAGAUGAUUUUCAAACUGACUCCCCACUUCAUCCUAGCUUUUUAGAAAUGACCCCCCAUAAAUUUCGCAGUUUGUGAACCAGUACACCUGGUUGGAGCAGACUACAUAGACUAGGUAGGAUGAGGUAAUGUAAUGAUAGGGUGACAUCACCCAGACUACAGAGUCUGGCAGGUUAUUCUUGGGACCUGGAAUUUGACUGAUAUACAGUGUGGGAUUCAGGAAAAUGCAAAAUGUCUUUUGGGAUGUGGUAUUUGACUGCUAUACUCAGAAAGCAGUAUUUGCCAAAAUCUUGGCACGGGAUACUUUAGUGGGAAACAAAAUGGUAUUUAGGGUAGAGAUAGAGAUGAAAGAAGUUUGAGAUGCAGAGUUGUCGUGAAAAAGGAGUAGGAAAGCUGGUUCAGGGCCCCCCAGUCCAGGCCAUAAGACUUGUACAGAUCUGAAGCCUGAUGUGUCUCUAUCAGGCCACCACAUCUCCAGUUCCCAAGAGCAAAUAAAGAUAUUUUUAAUAGUUAUUUGGGUCAGUUGUGAUCACCUCAAGCUGAAAAUUGACGUAUCCUUAGCUUAUAUUUCAACAUGAUUUCGGCACUUUUUUAUUAUAUUCACCAGUAUAGUCUUAGGUUAGGGUGGGAGCUCAUGUGAUUGACGUCACUUUUAAUGCGGCUUAAUAACUAUCAUUUUUGCAACAUUAUAUAUUGAGUGGCUGUAUAUUUUUUUGUGGUAAAUAAAUAAACUGAAACUGAAAUAGAGGAUAUUACAUGGCUGCUUGGGGAUAUGAAUUUUCUCUUCUCGUGCUGAAAGUGUCUCUCACGAGUGAGCGAAGUGAACAAGUGAGAGAUACUUUCAGCACUCAAAAAUAAAAAAUAAUAUUAUUCGUAUCCCCAAGUGGCCAUGUAAUGUUCUGUUUAUUUUAUAGAUACUGAUGAAAUUCCUACAUAAAACACAACUUUUUUUUAUUCAUUUUUGAAACAGCAGAAUAUUGUAAUUAAAGUGGUCACCUAUUGCAAAAUGCCUGUCACAAAAAUGUUAUGAAACUCGGAUAUAAAGUUGUAAAGGAGAAAUAAAGAAAAUAAUAAUUAUAUUUUCUGUUCCAAAAAGUCAAAAUUAAUGUUAGUAACCAUGGCGAUGCCAAUAUCCUCACACAUGAAAGAUAAAAAAAGUAUCUUCACUAUGCACGAUGAAGAUGUGAUUUUUUAGUAAAAGGAAAAAUCUUGGUACUUCAUAUAUAUCUAUAUAAUAAACUGAAAUUCAUGCAUAAUCCCUGAGUUUUAGAUGACAAAAUAUGUCACAAAUUAUAUUUACAUAAUUACAUAAUAAAAUUUGGUUCAAAUGUUUGACUUUUGACAGGAAUUGACCAUAACACUCAUGUCUGACUGGACAAAUGCGAUGGUUGAGUUUGAGAAGGAUCUGAAAAAAGCAGAUACAAUCCGCCCUGAAACAUUCACCGCUGAUCAAGAGUGGUUCCUGUGCAGGCAUGUGGUCACGGAAGCAACAAGUACAGUCAAAACAGAGGGGAGUAGUGCAAAUGACUACCCUCUGUACCAUAUAAGGUGUCAUGUCAAAAGAAAAAAUGGAUACUACCUUUGGAAUAUUGCCAUGAUCAUAGUAAGGAUAUAAACAAUUUUAAUGCUUUUCCUUAGACCAAAAGCAAGUAACUGUAUUUAAUUGAUUAAGCACCCAACCUAGAAUAAGCGCCCACCCCCUACUGCACCUUACUGACAAUUUUUGUGAUGAGGUUGACACAGACUAAUUCUAACUAAGUCUUUUGUCACAAGCCUGAAGGGCAGGGUGAGGGAAUAAUCUACAGCCAUGUUAGUUUGUGACACAGUCAUUUUAAACCCUUUUUUUUCUCUUUUUUCUUUUUCAGUUUCUUAUUGAUAUCCUGUCAUUCUGUUCAUUUUCGGUGGAUAUAUCCUCACCUUCAGAUCGAUUAAGUGUCACCCUUACCCUUCUUUUAACUGCUGUUGCUUUCAAGUUUGUUGUGUCACAGAGUUUACCAACUAUUUCAUAUUUGACGUUAUUGGUGAGUAUUAUUAAUAGUGUUUCAUCUACUUAAUGGCAAGCCCUAGCAAGACUUCAGCUAGCAUAGCUCUAUAGGGGUCAUUGGGACAUGCAAAAUGUCACACCAAGUUAAGGUUGGAGAAGAGGAAAAUCCAUUGCAGGGCAAAAAACCAGAGAAGUGUUUGGUAAAACCAUUGGAGCAAGACUAGGAACAAAGAACAAAGUUAAAUUCAACUCACAUACGUGUAUCAAUGGCGUGUCAAAGAAGGGACCCAUGCUGAACAGUUGGAAAGGUUGAGACCAGACUAAGAGUUACCCCUUGUCCUCCAGGUUGGGUGGCUGGGUGUAGAGCUAAUGACCCUCCCCCAUUAAAAACUAAUCAAAUUGUUACAGAAUUAAACCAGAAGGGUUGAUAGGUAUAAUAUUUUUUUGGUGAUUCUUUCAAGCACAGCGUUAUAGCACUUCAAAAAGUUUGCCCAACUUUAAUCCAGUGUCCUUCCUUGCGAUCUGUAGCAACACACAACGGGAAACAAAAAUGCGUAAAUAUAGUCUUAAUUUCAAUUGAUGCAAGUGAAAAAAAGCUUUUAAAAAAGAAAGCAGCUAGCAUAGUAUAGCCCCUUUAAACUUUAAACUGUUAGAAGAGACUUCAUUAACCUCCAGUUGAAGUAUUAAGCCAGCUGGGUUUUUAAUGACGCGAAAGAUGCUUGAUAUAUUUUUAUCUCAUUUAUAUUUUGCAGGAUAAAUAUGUUUUGUCUGGGCUUGUCUUUUUGGGCUUCAUGGCAAUUGAAAAUGCAGUGGCUGCUGUUAUUCCUCAUUCAGAUGCUCAAAGGCUGUUUGAUAAAAUUUGUCUUUAUGUUGGUGUUGGCUGCUUCCUUUGCAUCCAUGUUGUGGCACUAACAUUUGUCAUUAUUAAGGUAACAAAUUAUCUUUUAUUGUUAAUUGAAAAUGUACUGUCCAAAAUUAACAUCAUUCACUGAUCAUUAUCAACAGACUAGAGUUUUUUUUAUAUCGGAGCGUUUUGCAGAAAAGCCUUCCUGCUAUGUUAGCUUUGUGACUUAACUAUUCCAAUUUUAAUCGAAGCCAAAGAAAAAAAACGCACACACACAGCGUGCAAAGAAAGUAGUGUCCGAUAGCCUGGGGCUAGUGGAUUUUGCUAUCAGGCUAGUGAAUUCUGUUCUUAACUUGCCCAACGCGCAAGUGAAGUUUGUUGUGGAAUUCAAAUCAAAGAACUGUGAGAUCAAUAGAGACCUUAAGAUACCCCGAUAUCGGUGUACUGGUACGGGUAGUGUACCCGUACACGUAAAAUGUUCAUGUGCGUGACUAUUUCGAUUAAGAUACCCGAAGAACAAGCACGCAAAAUUAACUUUGUGCAUGCAUGUCGCUUAAUGCAUACAAAAUCUCCCUCAAAUUCUACACCUCAUAUCUUAACAACAAGCUGCAACAAAUAAUUAAUUCAUACAUAAGCUUAUUGAAAUAUCAUAGAAAGAUUUUAAGAAACUUGGCGGGAAGUCCCUCGACCGAAAGCUUGUUAUCGCAAACCCCGCUAUUUGAUCUAGGCACAUCACCAAACAAUUCCUUUGAUUGUCAACUUCAACAGUGACUCACAUGCUAAAUGUUUCAAUGCUAUUUCUUUUGCGAAACUCAAACGUUCCAGCAAUUCUCAGAAAUUCCCCCAAAUACCGCCACAAAUUGAUAUCGUGUCAGAGUUCAACCUGCGCAUUUGAGUUCCAAAAUCAAUACAUUUUGAAGCGCUUUCUUUACAGCUAAAAUUCAAAUUUGGCAAAAAUAUUUGAACAGACUUGCAAUGACACUGCCAAUGAGUCAUACAAUGUACAUUUGUACUUAAAAAGUCUUAAAAACUUACUCGUUUCUCCAUCAUGUGGGACUUGCAGCUACUCGUAAAUCUUCUACGGGUAAACUGGUGUCUACCCCGGAAAAACGGCUGGUUCUACCGGAUAAGGUCGAUGACGUCACCACAAAAUGAAAAAAACAUGGCGCUACCCGUUACCCGUACACCGAUUUCGGGCUAUCUUAAGGUCUCUAUUUCUGCUCAUCAAAACGUUUUUGGGGCUAGUCGAAAUGACGUUUGGGCUAGUAUAUGCUAGCCUCAGCUUGCCCAAAUGGCAAGCUGUAAAAAUGACUUUUUUUUGCCCCCUGUACAUACAAAACAAAUUUCGUUCUUUCGUCCUAACAAGGAAGUAGUGCUAUGGGAAGGUUUGGCCAGAGUCACUCAUUUGAAUGUGUCCCACCACAGGACUUCAUACUUAAAAGAUAUAGUGACAAUUCAAAGCCCCCCUCGGCUAGAUCCUGCUGAGUGUUUCAGAUCAUCAUACAUAGGAGAGUAGGUGAACUCUCACAAAACCAGAACCUUUUAUCGACUAUUUCACAACCAUAAAAUGCAUCUGUUAGCCCUUUUGGGACUUAUUACUGACCUAAAUGACAGAUUUUCCUACCCCUAUACUUCGACAAGUGAAAUAUAUACCCUUUCAUAUGCCUGAAUCCUGAAAAACGUACUUCUUUUGGGCGGAGCGUCUCCGUAUAGGCCAUUAUACGGCUGUACCUCACCGGGAAUUUCACUACCUCGAUCCCUUCUUCUUGUGUUAAGCUUAGUUGAUGAAGUUUAUAAAUGCGUUUGUCCGUCUCUUUCAGUCAAGAGCACGGAAUCAAGCUCUUGCUAAAAGCACGAAAAUGUUUAGGGUAAGUACUGUAUGACUGGUACAACCUGCGAUCAUGCUCAAUCGGGCGUUCUUCUCUUUCUGAUAUUUCUAUUCCAGGCAAAAAGGACCGCCUGAUCGCAGGUUACUGUUACUCGCUCCCCAUAUUUCUCUGGCGUAGAAGUUGUUAAAUUUCUGAUUUAUUUGUGUAAUACUUGGACCUGUUCACUCCUUCGAGUGAAAACUACUAAUUCAAGAAAAAAGCACAUUCGCAAAACACUGAAAACAAAUAAUGUCAGACGAGUUCUAGUGCAAGAGUCAAAGGUGUCCUGGGCGACUCCCCUCUCCAGCCUUUAUGUCUUGCUUGCAGUUCUUGCAUUUCUUAAGUCCCUCCCCCAUGUCAACGCCUCAUCACUAUCAUCUCCGCGCUCGCAGAACCAAUUAAAUUGGACCAAUGACGUCGGAGAUGUAAAUUGCUUCUGUAGAACGAGUGGAAGGUAUUAUGCUAAAGUGGUUUUUGCAUCAUUUCAGGAGCGACAACAGAUGGUUAACAAUUAUGCAAUUGAAAGACAGAAGAAACUAGAGCUUAAACCAAUCAACGAAGAAGAAACAGCACAGCAAAACCAACAGGUUGUGUUUGUGGAGCCUUCGGGAAAGAAUUGAUCAGUGUUGAUCGUGUGAGUUUCGCUGUUUGCUGUCUACGUCUCUAACUACGUCCGAUCCUACGAUCCCGAUCGAAUCAGCGAUGAUAAAAUCCAUCAUUAUGAUUUGUAAGCAUCUGGUUCUAUUCACUUGUAUAGCCUUGCUGAUGUCAGACGUUGGAGAAUUACGUUGUUAACAGUCGAGCCCAAUCGCUGACUAGAUAAUGGGAGAUUCUGUUUUUCAGAUGGUCAGCGGGGUAUACCGAGACAAGUCUCCCCGCACUGUAUUUAUUCAACUCCUGUUUCCAAAUUACUCAAAUCGCUGCCACUAGCCGAUGCAGUUGUCCCUUUCAUAAACAGUCACUGUCAUUUUUGAGACAUUUAGAAAAUUUUUGACCUGUUAUUGAAAGUUUUUCUAUUAAAAAGAAGGAAACUCGAAACCCAGGGUCGAACCUAGACCUCGAACCCGGACCUCUCGUAUCCUAAUUUCUCUCCCUUUUCACUACACUACCACACCGAACCGUCAAAAUUCCGAAAAAAUUAAGUACAUACGCCAGCAGACUGUCUUUCUUAACUGUUACAUCAAUAACGGGUGACCCCAGCCCUUUCCAUAAUUUUGUAAUGUAAAUUCAACUUGGGCUUCACCUUCGUUCUUUCUAAGACUGUUCAAAAAUGUAUUAUUCAGCCUUAUUGUAACUUAAUCCAGGGAACAUAUUACAUUCAUCAUGACUAAAGGCUUGGUUACCAAUGGUGGCAUCGACCAUUAAAAAUGGCAACGACAGUUUCCCAAAAAAACAAAAACAAAAACGACAGUUUACAAAAGGGAAAUAGGUGCAGCCGACAUUACUUGUUUUCUUGAAUAAAAGAUUUUUUCAAUUCAGUUAUUUUAAACAGGAGCCCGUUUACUGUAAAAAACGAAAGCCAAAACUGUAAACUUUGCUUGUACUUCCCAUCCAGACACAAUCAUUGUGUCUAUUUAUUUAAAAGUUGUAUUUAAGAGACUUGUAAAAAUGUCAAAGUGUGUUGCUUUUGCCAUUUUUUCUGCAUGUAGUGAUUUCUGUUCGUAUCCUUGUCCCGGCAAAUACCCCAGUCAAAC